CCUCAGUCCUAGAACGAAAUAUACGAUGUUGUUUUGGGAACCGACAUGACUGCAUCUGUCCUGAAGUUUCCUCUUCUAUUUGCCUUCACUGAGUUUAGGCCUCUUGAUCGCCACAUUCCAAAGAAUCACCCAUCAAAUUCAGUAAAACCAUCUCUCUCUCUUAAAACCCCUCGAUUUCCACGCCAAGUGAAAGCCAGAACUACUCCCAUGGAAGCCGAACAAAGUGGAACUGCAGUCAACCCCAGCUCAAAUGCAUCCAUGAAGCUCUUGUUUGUGGAGAUGGGUGUUGGCUAUGAUCAACAUGGGCAAGAUAUUACUGCUGCGGCAAUGCGUGCAUGCAGGGAUGCCAUCUCUUCAAAUUCAAUUCCUGCAUUUCGUAGAGGGUCCAUACCUGGGGUCACAUUUGGCCAAAUGAAACUACAGAUCAAACUGGGGGUCCCACAUUCUCUGCAACAAUCAUUGGAUAUCGAGAGGGUGAAGUCUGUCUUCCCUUAUGGGGAAAUUGUGAAAUUUGAAGUUGUUGAUGGUGGAAUGAUAUGCUCAAGUGGUGUGUUAGUUGAAGAAAUGGGAGACAAGAAUGAUGACUGUUACAUUGUGAAUGCUGCAGUAUAUGUUGGCUACUAGCUUUUGUUACCUCUUUAAGUGCUUUCUAAGGUCAAUGUUGUAAAUGAUGAAGGACCCUUGAGGGAGAUGGUGGCUGAUGGUGCUUCUCCACAUGUUUGUGGCAAACUGCUGUGUCAUAUUUUUGGCAGAAAUGAGAGAAGUUUCACGGUUUGCAUCAGGUGCUGUCUCAGCUCUUGCUUCUUUAUGGGUGAAUGACCUUUUUGAUCUACCCAUUGCUUUAAAUUUGUUGCCAAAAAAAUAAAAAAAACCAAUAACCAAAAAUGUAUUGCCUUAAAAACUUGUUGUGGUACAAUAACUGUCACUGCAACCAUGUUUGAUGCCAUCAUAUAUUCAGCCUUUUGUCUUUGGCUUC